AUGAGUUCGAAUAGGUGUCCUCAGUGUGGUGGCGAAGGUACAAUUAUUAACGAUAAUGGCAGGAGAAUCUGCUCGGCUUGUGGUCUUAUUCUUCAAGAACAAGCUCUUGUUAACGAACUUUCUUUCAUUGAUAACGCACAUGGCGCUGCCACAGUGUCUGGUCAGUUCGUCCCAUCAUCUGGUAUGUCAGGCAUGGGUGGUGGUGUCUCCACGCAAACUGUUACUGAAGGCUUGAAUAAAAUUGACGCAAUUUGUGAUAAUUUGCCGAAAUUAUCUCAAGAUGCAGUUGAAUUAGCACAUCGAAUUUAUCAAAUCGCAGUCAAGCAUCGCUUUACAAGAGGUCGUACCAUCGAAAUUGUGUCUGCAGCUGCAGUUUAUGUUGCAAUUCGUGUUAAUCGUUCUUCAGGUUAUCUUUUAGAUGAUGUUGCCGAACACGUAUCAUGUGGCAUUUACGAAUUAGCUGCUACGGCCCUCAGACUUGCUCACGCAGUCAAUCAACCUCUUCCAACUAUUGAUCCUGUACUUUAUAUUACUCGCUUCCUUGAAGAAUUAAAUCUUGGCCGUAACCUCAAGGCAGUACAUGAUACAGCAAUCCACAUUGUCCAUCGUUUAGAUCGAGAUUGGAUUCAGACUGGUAGAAAGCCAUCAGGAAUCGUAGGAACAGCAAUUAUGAUUGCUUGCCAGAUCCACCAUAUACCUAUUUCUAAAGAAAGAAUCAAGGAAAUCGCAAGAGUCUGCACAAGUACUAUUAACAAGCGUCUUAAAGAAAUUUCCGAGACAGAACUUGCAAGAGAAUCUAUCGACCAACUUAGACUUUCAGAAUCAAUUUUAGACGACGAUUCCCACGAAUUACCACCAAUUAUGAAACGUAGUAAGAACAAGAACCUUCUAGAUGAAAUUGCCGAAGAAGUCAAAGGCGAAAAACAAGAACAGGAAGAUCAGAAUUUCGAUGACGAAGAUUUCGAAGAUCCAGAGCUAGAAUCGAUUGACCAGGAAAUCCUUACACCAGAGGAGUCCGAGAAAAAGCUUACACUUUACAUGGCCAUGUUCAAGAGCCACUUCAACGCUCCACCAAAAGAACCAAAACAAAAACGCCACAGAAAGAAGAAACAAACUUCUACAUACCAGGACAGCGAUGCAGUCUAUGUACAAGAUAACGGAAUGCUCAUUGCCGAUAACGAUGAAAUUGCUGGAGAUGACGACAAUUUCGAAGAUAUUGUUGAAGAUUAA